CUCCAGUUUUCCAGGCUAAACAUAUCUAAACACUAUUUCCCACAAUCCAAGUGGGCAUUGUUGUAAUUAUUUGCAGUGACGUAGACCGGAAAUGCUCCCGGGCCAAACAGCUCGUUGUGAGACUGUUGCUCCUGCUGUCCAGUGUUAAAAUGGAGUCUGUUCAUGUUGCUUGUGCCUGGUUGAGCCUCGCACCCCUGUUGGUGUUUGGUGUUCCUCCCAUUUGGACCGAGCCAGAGCAGGUGCACCUCUCCUAUCCAGGAAUGCCAGGUUCUAUGGUAAUGACCUGGACCACCUUCAAUGAGACGGAGAGCAAGGUGGAGUACGGACUUCUGGGAGGUCGGCUCUUUGACAUAUGCGCCAAAGGUGACAGUACUUUGUUUGUGGACUCAGGAGAGGAGAAGAGGAAGAUGUAUAUCCACAGAGUCACUCUCAAAGACCUCAAACCUGCUGCUACUUAUGUCUACCACUGUGGGAGUGAUGAGGGCUGGAGCGACGUGUUCUCCUUCACUGCUCUGAAUGACAGCACUAGCUUCAGUCCCAGGUUUGCUGUGUAUGGUGACCUGGGCAAUGAGAACCCUCAGUCUCUGGCUCGACUGCAAAAGGAGACACAGCUUGGCAUGUACGAUGUCAUCCUUCACGUCGGGGACUUUGCCUACGAUAUGCAUGAGGACAAUGCCAGGAUCGGAGAUGAGUUCAUGAGGCAGAUCCAGUCCAUAGCAGCCUAUGUGCCCUACAUGACCUGUCCAGGCAACCACGAAUCAACAUAUAACUUCUCAAACUACAGGAAUCGCUUCAGCAUGCCAGGCCAGACUGAGAGCCUGUGGUACAGCUGGAACCUGGGGUCAGCGCACAUCAUCUCCUUCUCCACAGAGGUUUAUUUCUACCUCGAAUACGGCCUGGAGCUCCUCUUCAAACAGUACGAGUGGCUGAAGAAAGACUUGGAGGAGGCCAACAAGCCAGAGAACCGAGCAGUGCGUCCGUGGAUCAUCACCAUGGGACACAGACCCAUGUACUGCUCCGACGACGACCAGGACGACUGUACCAACUUCGACUGCCAUGUCAGACUGGGACUCAAUGACACCAAACUGCCAGCUCCUGGUCUAGAGGAUCUGUUUUACCGCUACGGAGUGGAUGUGGAGUUGUGGGCACACGAGCACACAUAUGAGAGGCUUUGGCCCGUCUACGGUGACAAGGUGUACAACGGGAGCAGAUCGCAGCCUUAUGUGAACCCAAAAGCUCCUGUACACAUCAUCACAGGCUCAGCCGGCUGCAGAGAGAAGACGGACAGGUUCAAUCCAAACCCCAAAGAGUGGAGCGCUUUCCGCAGCACAGACUACGGCUACACCCGCAUGCAAGUGGUCAACGCGAGCCACGUUUACUUGGAGCAGGUCUCCGAUGACCAGUAUGGGAAGGUGAUUGACAGCAUAUGGGUGGUGAAGGAAAAGCACGGCUUCUCUGCCUGGUUCUGAAGACUGCCAUGCUUUAAGAACUAAUCAGGAAAUGCUCUUUUUCACACCAAUCAUGCACUGAUGAUGAAAGUUCCUGGUUAUUUAGCUUUUGAAAUUAAUACUAUGUAUGUUAAGAUACGUUUGAAUAAAUUCUACUUUAAAAAAAAAA